AUGUCUUGCAUCGUUUUAUUUACUUAUCGUAAUACACCUCAUACUGUAAUUAAUCGUAAACCUAGUGAAUUAUUACUUAACUGUGAAGUUAGAACAAGAUUUAGUUUAUUAAGGCCGAAUAUUCAACAAAGAGUAGAGUCUAAGCAAAAUGAUGAAAUUGCUAAAAGAAAUGUUAAUCGUAAGGUUAGACAAUUUGUUGAAGGUGAGAAAGUAAGAAUUUUAAAUGUAAGAAGUAAUUAUCCUAAAUGGUAUUAUGGUAGAAUUGUAAAAUGUUUAAAUGCUGUCAGAUAUUUGGUUAAAAUCGGAUAUCGUGAAUGUCAAGUUCAUAUUGAUCAUCUUAUGGAAAGAUUUGACGAUGAUGAAACUGGCUCUAUUCCUAAUUCAGAUGUUGAUUUAGAUCAAACUAAAGUUGUUGAACCAUCUAAUCAGAGUAAAAAUGUUGUUCCUAUUGAAAAACAUUCCUGA